AUGGAUUUCGCCUACGACCACAUCCAGGAGGAGAUCGUCGCUCCCGCCGAACCGGAGAAACAGCAGCAGGAUGGCACAACCCCCGCAGACAACAACAGCAACAACCAGCAGAACCUCGACCUAGGCGCCGAGUUCGAAGAGACCUUUCGCGCCAUUUCCAACAGUCCCUGGGGCGCGACGAUUGGCGGGUUGUGGAGCAAUGUGCGCAGGCAGGGUGAGACCUACUACGAGGGAGCUCGUCAGGAGUAUGUGGCUGUGAGCGAGGAGGCCACCAAGGGCUUCUCGGAUCUCCGCGAAAGCCUCGUCGGUCAUACGAGGGGUCUUUCUCUCGGCGGCGCGCUAUCGGCUAUUACUACAACGACGGCGACGAGUAGUACCAGGGAUGGUGAUGAAGUUCCGACCCCGACGAAAGCAACCAACGAGGCCGAUGCCGACGCCGACGCUGAUGCCAAGGACAAGGAAGCAGAAACAGAGGAAGGAAUCCUAGCGCGGAUCCGUGCUGAGGCCGCGAGGAGAUUGAAAGAGCUGGAAAAGGCAGAAGACGCGGCCGACGAGGCGCUGAUCCGGUUCGGCACGAAUGUGCGCAACUUCCUGCGCGAUGCGGUCAGUAUUGCGCCGCCAGAGGAAGGGUCGGACAAGAUUAUGUUUGAGAGUAAGGAUGCCGAUGGAAAACGGGUUUUCCACGCAACCAGGCUCGAGGCUCAAUUGCAUGUUAUCCAUACAAACCUGGAAGCUCUGAAAAAAGACCCGGAGAGCGAGGAGUGGACUACUUUCAAGGCAGACUUUGCCGUGGACAAGAAGACCGACGAGAUCACUAAGGAUCUUGAAAAGUAUCCUGAGCUUCGACGAGCUAUGGAGAAGCUUGUUCCCGAGUCUGUUGAAUAUGCGGGCUUCUGGGCACGUUAUUACUUCCUUCGCCUCGCCGUCGAGACCGAGGAGCAAAAACGCCGAGAGCUACUUAAGGGCGCUGCCCAUGAGGAAGAAGUAGGCUGGGACGAGGACUCCGACUCUGAAUCUGAGAACCCUUCUACUCCUCAAGUAAAAGGCGACAACAAGAAGAGCACAUCUUCCUCACACUUGACCGUCAGCGACGCAACGACAAAGCCCGGUGAGCCACGCAACUCCAACGACCAACAAUCGCAACCAGACAGCGAGUCUAGCUACGACCUCGUCAGCGGCGCCACGAGCCAGACGCCUGCUAGCCCCCGCGAAAAGCCUACCAAGGCUGAAGAAAGCGACGAGGACUGGGAGUAG